CUCUUCUUCUUCUUCUUUCUCAGGAUCUACUCCAAGUUCCACCAGAGGCGCAUGGCGGAGCUGUCCGAGUCGGGCCUGAUGAACUUCCUGCUCCUCUUCCUGGUUCUGGCCCGCAGCGCCGAGCUGGAGGACGUGACGGGCCGGGCCUACGACCUCAUGGCCCUGCUGCCGGCGGGCUCCAUGCCCCCGGCCCACCGGGCCCUGCUGUGGCGCGGCCAGCUGGCGCUGCUGCUGCUGUACGUGGGCCGCGGUCUGGACGCAGGGGCCCACGCCGAGCGCCUGGCCACCUCCUUCGCCCAGGUGGCCCGCGAGUUCUACCUGAAGACCACGGAGCCGUCGCGCAAGCUGGCGCUGUGGCAACCCCUGGGGGCCUACCUGGAGGGGGUGGCGGAGGUGCUGGAGACCAGCGGGCACCUGUGCCAGGCCGAGGAGAGGCUGCUCAACGAGGGCUUCGCCAUGCUGCUACCCGCCUGCAGGCAGUCCGAGCUGGCGUCCGCCCUGGGGUUCCUGCAGAAUGCACUGGCACAGCUAAGGCGUGUUCACCAGCGCUGUUCUCAGUCCACAUCCUUUGGCCCUUCAUCCUCCUCUGGCUGGACCCCUCCUCCCUCGCUGGCUAAAGAGCACCACCUGGCGGUAGCCUCCGCACUCUGGACUCACUUCUUCCCUUUCCUGCGCAGCCUGCGCCUCUCCCAGACCCCCCCUCCACAGCUGGCCGACGCCGCCGCAGGGUUUACUGUCCUUGCGUUGGACAUGCCCAGCUCCGCCCCUCCGGACCUCCAGCCCCACCCAGUCCAGUCCAUCAUGCAAUGCUUCGGCUGGGACGAGAUGCUCCACCCCCUGCUGGUCAGCCGCUACCUCAACCACCUGCUGCAGAACAGUGAUGUGGUGGCGAGUGUGGGUUCGGCGCAGGGAGUGUGUGUACGGGCGUGGCUGAGGUGUGUGCUGCAGCAGCACCUGCACAGGAGCACGGAUGGCACAGAGAGCAGAGCAGGCAGGGCUCUGGAUGAGCAGUUGUGUGAGUUGACCAGGCUGGUCAUGAGGCUGCCAGAGGUGGAGUCUGUGCUACAGAGAGCAGGACUGCAGCCCUCUGCUGUUAAAACAGAGCCCAAACCAGCACUCGCUGUCUUCAUCAAGGCCGUGGGCAGGGUGUAUUCUGGCCUGCAGCUGUUAUCCGAGCGCAGCACCAUGGUGACGCAGGCUCUGGACUACGUUGGCGACAUCCUGAAGUACAUCAAGCCCUACCAGCUGAACAAGAGCCAGGAGGGCCUCCAGCUGUCCUACUGGGCAGUAGGCUGUCUGGUGAAACACUGGGGCCCUCUGCUGGCCACCUCUAAAGCCCAGCAGCUGCUCUUCCGCAUCGUCGACUCCCUGCUGCUCCCUCAUUCGCUCUUCCAGCAGGACCCGCCCACGCAGGUGCUGUCUGCGCUGAAGGAGAGCCUACCGCUCUACCUGCAGGGUCUGGCGGUGGCAGUGGGCGUGUCCCAGUCCCAGGGGGCGCAUCUCAAGAAGCAGCUGCGGAGCGUAAUCAACCAAUACCUCGGCCGCUUCCUCCCAGCCACGCCUUCCAUGGGCGCCAUAGCCAAUCACCCUGUCCUGCUGGCUGCCUGUGAGGCCACACCCACACCCAGAGGGGCGGGGCUGAGGGGGAAUAUCCUUCAAGUGCUGAACGACAGCUUCCUCCAGUUCAAAGGCCACGCCCCUCCUCCCCGACUGGCGGCUGUCCUCGCCUUCCUAUUGGAGCUCCUGAGACGGAGCGCUGACACAGACCCCGCCCUGCUGACCCUGCCCCUGCCCCCCCUGCUGCGCUGCCUCAUGCUGGUCAACGAGCCUCAGGUGAGGCGCUUGAGUGCUGAGGCAGUGCAGCUGGUGGUGGAGAGGUGCGCCUCCUCAUCUGCUGAAGGCCACUGUGAGCAGACCGUCUCCAUUCUCAGGACCUUUGUGGAGGAGAAUGAGGGUGUGUACGACCAGCAGAUGUACAGUGUUCUAGAGACUGUAUCUAUUGUGGACCGGUGUUCAGUGGAAACUCUAAUUCCAGUUCUGUCAUUAAGCCUGCGGAACUUAGAACAGAAAAGAGGCCUGGGGAGAAAUACUUCACUAAGAAAUUCCUACAAGAGGCUGUUAUGCCAACUGGGAGAGAAUGGCAAAGCUGAGAUGGUGUGCUUGGAUGCUGAAUGACCUCUGACCUUUGAUCCUUCACACUCACAGUCAGGCUCUUCACAGUUCCCCCAGGAAGGAGCAGAGGACCCACAGGGCCUUCAGUGUCCUGCAGUACAUUCCCAUCCUAAUCAGGCUACUUGGGGGGCCGGGGGGGAUUAUCUUGUAGCACACCUUCUAGUCCUCAAACAGUGUCUAGUUAUAGGAGGUACAUCGGAUACAUUUAUUUCUUCCUGUAUGUGAAAGUCAUGUACAAGUCACACAAGACGGCUCCCUGUGUCCGUGCAGUCUGGUGUGUGUGUGUGUGUGUGUGUGUGUGUGUGUGU